UCAAAGCCGUGGUUGGGCUUUUACUCGUCAACGAGCUUUCGUACUGGAGUGUGCGUGUCUCUAGCGAGAAAGGAAAAAAAGGAAGAAAGAAAGAAGUGGAUCUUGUUCGCGUCCGGCCGGGUCGCCACGUACCACUUCUACAAGUAGCAGAGACGCCGCAUCGAAAAAUCCUAGAUAUAGAAUCGUCUUGCACGCGAAAAUGUAACAAUCUCAAUAGUGAGGCCAGUUGUCUGGAAAAUUGGCUUAAACAGAAGAAGAGAAAGAGGUGAUAUCUUUUUUCCUGUGUCACACGGCUCGUGAGUGAAGCAUCUUGCAAAGGAGAUCCAUGGCGUGAAACAUCGGCACCGUUCGUUCGUUGAAUUAUUUCUCUACAAAAGCUGAAGCUUGAGAAAAAUCAGGAUGCACGCGGUUGGAUUGCAUUCGGCGCUGGCCAUCAAGCGUCAGAGAAAGCGACGGGACGAGCAGCGUCGUGCCCGCGAGCGGCGCUAUAGCGCGCAAUCGGGCGAGAGCGGUCUCACGUCGCCGAGGGCAUCUACCGGUUCCUUGGAUCAUCAAUCGAAGCACCACAAGGCCGGCCACUCGAGUCGCUCGGCCGGCCAGGGUAUGUUGGACUCGAAGGUAGUCACGUCGGUGGGGAUGCUUCACAUAGGCGUCGUUUUCCUCGUUUUCGGCGCUUUCCUCUUGAUGAGCGGUCUCCUGCCAGGCGAUUUCGCCCGUUGGGGCACGAAAGCGUCGGGCGGUUGGUGGAACGAGUUGGUCGCAAUAGGCCUGUUCGCCAUCGUGUUCGGCAUAUUCCUGGUCGUGUUGAAUAAAGUGAUCGCCAAGAAGGAAGAGAACGACCUGGAGGAGUACGUGCAGAGGCAGUUGACCAGGUCCAAGUCCGGGCACAGGUUGGAAAGAGACGCGGAGACAGGCGGUUUGACCACGAAACAAGCGAAGAGGGCGAAGCAGAUGCUACAACAACAGCAGCAGGAGCAGCAGAUAGACUCGAUCGAGACGCACAACGAGAAGAACCCCGAGUCCUCCCCACCCAGGAGCCCACCGCCUGCUUACUCCCCUCCUGCGAUGAACGGCGAUCACCAGGCCGUCCAGUCGUCCCUUUACCUCGAACAGAUCACCGAGGAGGAGAUCAUCAGCGAUCGCGUGGAAACAUCGACCACCAACAGCUUGAGUCCCGGCUCGCCCAGCGAGACCAGGGAAUUGUUGCAGAAUCCUCGUUACUCGAAGCAGAAUGGAAACCCUCAGCAGAUUCAUCGGUCGCUCUACGUGUCCAGGAUCUAGAUAUUCUGGAGGGAGGGGUAUGAUUGGCCUGGUCUGGCUCGAAUGUUUAAUUAAAGGAUCGCGAGGAUCUCGUACGUAUUGAGAGGGGAAAGGAUCGUCAUGAUGAUUGUGGAGAUGAUGACGAGGUAUUUCGAAAAAAAAGAAAAAAAGAUGGAAUCGUCCGAUUAAUCGGUUUUCUUUGGAACGUGAUUAUCGAUUAUCGGUAAUAUAGGUCGAUAAUUUUUUUUUUGAACUUAUCGAGAUAUCGUCGAGAUCUCUUAACAGUAAUAGCCGUUUAAAACGUAACCUUUAUCCGAGAAUUUCGCGUUUAAUUUAACUUUCCAUACGAGUUUCCAAUUAAGAAGGCAGUCCUUCGCAAAGGCGAGGAGGAAGUUGGCUUUAAUUGUUCGCAGGAGAAAAUUUUGAUUGAAGUGGGACCAAAGUUUCUUUGCAAACGUUACAUUUCAUUUAAAAUCAAAUGUAAAACAAAUGUAAAAAAUCGUUGAUCGAACAGUUUUUCAAAAUUCGAAAUCAAUAUCGUCGUCGAUUGAUACCGAUGAUCGAUAAAUCGACACGGUUCACAUUUAUUUCGAGAGAUCCUAGAUGGCGGAAUCAAAAUCCGCCAUGAAGUGAGCAAUUUACAAUCGAGAUCAUCUCGACGAAAGUGUAAAUCCGAGUAGUCGAACAUUUUCUCUGCGUUAAUUUCGAUCCAAACCUUUUUAUUUAUUCGAAAGUUUCGUAUUGUCGCAAUAGUUUCUCCGCGUUUUAUUCAUUACUCUAUUCGAGGAUCGAACAAUUUCCUGCGAGGAAAUCCGAUAGAAACGAUAUCGAGUCUGGCUCGUCAAGGACAACAAGUUCCUUUUGUGCUUGUUACGUUAGGAAAAGUUGGACACCCAAUAGAAAAUCAAUUUCCUCGACGAAUUACACCGGCAUUGUCGAUUAUGAGGAGAGCUCGAUCGAGAUCUCGAUAGUUUUAGUUCAGAAUCGUGGAAAUAACGACGAUACGCGUGUAUUUCUUUCUUUUUUUUUUUUUUUUAAAAUUUGCAAUGUUUAAAGGUGAGUUUAUGCUUGUUAAGUAUCGAGGCGAGGAGAUGAAAAAGAUCGAAGAGGGGAAAGUCGAACAAAAGAGGAAGCAAAAAAUUGAGAGAUGGGUAAAAUUUGCUUACUUGAAGCAACGAAAGAAAGAAUUUCAUUGAAUUUGUGGAUUUUAUAUAUAUGGGUAAGUAAAUGAUAUUCUCAUCUUAUUGAAAAAUUUGAAGAACGAAGUAACACAUCGAAUGUAUUAAAAAUUAAGAAAUUUGAUUCUUUUUUAAAUUAAUAACACGUUAAAUUAAUUUGUAGAAGAAUUUCUAUUCUCAUUCUCUCUCGAAAUGGAUCACUCGGUAUGAUGCGAAAUACGAACAAGUGUAAACCCACCUUAAGAGUGAAAUCUUCCGUGACGAUAUUCGAAAUUCGCGAUAAGAUUGCGAGUGAAAUGGGAAAAUUUUUCGUCCAUUAAAGCUUCCGGUUAGAAACGACGAUUUCUUUCUUUCUUUCUUUUUUCUUUCUUUUUUGCAUCUCUCUUUAUCUCGAGAGAGAAAAAAACUUUAGAGAAAGUUCGUAAAAGUUCUCGACCAAAACCGAUUUAAUCCUCGUUAAGAGUGUUAAAGUAAGCGCGAUAGAAGAAUCGAUCGAGCUGGAAGAAAUUUUUCCGAAUUCUCGAUAUAUCGCGUGGAAAUAAUAUCGAGGAUAUUCCAGGAUCAUUCGUGGAUUUAUCGCGUGCAAAGGAAGUCGCCUUUUAGGCGAGAAAAUAUGUGCAAUGAAAUAUUGGAAAGUAUUGGAGAGGGAGGAGAGGGGUCGUUGAAAAAAGAAGUUGAAUCGACUUGAAAAAUAUAAAAAAAGAAAAAAAAAAAAUCAUGCACUCAAGGACCAAGAUAUAAUUAAUUCGAAGGUUAAUUCUCGAGGUAGACAAUUUUAAGGAAGAUUAUCGCGGAAAAUGGCGGAUUCUGAAUGGAGGGAAUGUAUGACAAAAGAGGGCGUACAAGAUAAUCGUAAUGACUGACGAUUUCUCUUCGGUGGAAUCAGUGGAAUAUCAGUGAAAUAUCAAUGGAUUAAAUUCAUCUGGUUAAUCAUAAUCUAUAUCUGAGAAUUUGAUUUAAUAGACUCGUAAGAAAUGAUACGAAGGUCUCUUCGACGCCAACAUAUUCAUUACUGUUUAAAAUGUAAAUUCUUAAGAGGAAACGGACCCGAUUUUCGGGACUAAAGGGCCCUUUUUUCGGGGUUCUCGAUUUAAUUUUAGCUCGAUUCAUUCGAGAUGAAAUAUGUCCUUUAACGUUUAAGAAAGUUAAGAAAGAAAGUGUCCCGAGUAUCGAUGCUCUGAUAUCAGUCAUUGUUACGUAUGCAAAUUUAUACGUGAUUUGAUGUGGAAGGAGAAAAAAGAUCGUUUCUGCUUCGCAAUUUUUAAUUAAAAAUUUCUUUACCCGAGUUUCGUUCUUAUCGGGUUUUAUAUAAUCGAAUAAUGGAGUUUUUAACGUGGUUCUAAAUUUAAUAACAACUUUUUUUUAUCUCGU